AUGAAAGGGCCAAGACAUGCAGACUGCUGGCGAAGAAGAAUUAUAGCAGAUCAUGACUCGUCAGGAGCAUUAGGCAACAAAGAUUCACAUGCUACUGAGGUAUUCAUGACCAUCCGUCAUGCUUAUGAAGUAUUAUCUAAUGAAGUAACAAGGAUUCGGUACGAUCGUGCACUUACAUGUCAAGAGGAUGUUGGGAGGUCUUACAAAGGAAAAUGGAACCAUAGUCCUAAUUUUGAAGACGGGGUUAGGCUCCAUAGGUGGAAAAAUGCAAGAAGAAAGAUCCCGAAAACGAAGGGUGUUCUUUCUUUUACGAAGAAACCGAUGACGAGGAUGAAAAAGAAAACCGGAUCUCGGUUUUCUCUUACCUUCAGAAGCCUAAUGGCUCUCCUAGAUAAGAAGUUGGAUGCCGGAUAUAAGAUUGGUUACGUAAUCGCCUGGGUUUCGGGUGGGAGAGGCGGUGUUUUGCUGACUUUAUGUCCUUCGUUUGCAUGUUGGGUUUGCGGAAAAAGCAGCGGGUUGAAGAAAGGAAAAAAAAGGAGUAAUUGA